AUUCCGUUUCCGACGUGCGCGGCGAACCGUAUGCCGGUGUAUUGUGUUAUUGUCUUGUUUGUGCGGGUCUGUGCAUGUGCUGCGUGGGAGAGGGCCAGCAAAAACGAGCGAAAUUGUUCACGUGAUUUGUGAAUUGUACUGUCAAAAUGUCUGAAAAUGCAGACGACUUGCCUUACCGGGCUGAAUAUUCUAAAAGUGGUCGUGCUUCAUGUAGAGGAUGCAAAAAUCAAAUUGCCAAAGAAACUCUUCGUCUUGCAGUUCUAGUGCAGUCGCCGAUGUUUGAUGGCAAGGUUCCCCAUUGGUAUCACUUUAUGUGCUUUUUUGGCAAACAAAGGCCAAAAACAACCGGUGACAUUGCACAUUUUGAAUCCCUACGAUGGGAAGACCAGGAGAAAAUUAAAAAGAAAAUAGAGAGUGUUGCUUCAUUGCCUGCUGAGCCUGCAAAGGGCAAAGGAAAGGGCAAAAAACGUGCAGGACCAGGAGGCAUUGCAGACUUUUCUAUUGAAUAUUCUAAAUCUUCAAGAGCCACAUGCAGAGGGUGUGAGCAAAAGAUAAUGAAGGCAAAAGUACGUGUAUCUAAAAAAGAUUAUGAAUCUGAUAUUGGUAAACGUUAUGGUGGUCAAGAUUUGUGGCAUCAUGUUGACUGCUUUAGUAAGUUGAGGGCUACAUUGGAAUAUUGGGAAUCUGGUUCAGCAUUGCCAGGUUUCAAGACUCUCACUAAAGAUGAUCAGAAGAUGGUAGAGAGUAAACUUCCAAAAAUACAACCAAUCAAGAAGGAGGAAACUGAUGAAGCAGAUGGCCCAAGUGAGCCGAAAAAAGCAAAGGAAGACCCUGAUGUUGAAAAACGGAAAAAGCAAAAUAAAUUGAUGUUUAAGUUCCGGGACAAUUUAAAGAAACAUUUAAGUAAAAAGGAGUUAAGCUUGCUUCUGGAGCAUAAUAAUCAAGAGAUUCCAUCAGGGGAGGAGCGGAUGUUGGAUCGACUCUCGGAUAUCAUGACUUUUGGAGCUCUUCAACCUUGUGAGCAGUGUAAGGAUGGGCAAUUCACUUUCCGUUCUGGUGUUGGAUAUCAGUGCCAGGGUGACCUCACUGAAUGGACCAAAUGUUUAAAUACAGUUGAAGAGCCAAAACGGAAGCCUUUCAAAGUUCCUAGGGAACUAGCUGACGAAUAUGACUUUUUGGCAAAGUACAAAUUUGUUUCUCAAGGAAAGAGAUUAUUUGAUAAGGUUGAACCAUCAACUUCUAAGGUGAAGAAAGAAGAUGAAGAUGCCGGACCAAAAGUGUACCGCCCUCCACCUCCAUUACAAGGAAUGGAAUUUGUUAUUGGUAGUGGAAUUAAAAAAGAUGAAAGAAAAAAAAUCAAGGAGAGGGUGGCUAAAUUAGGAGGGAAAAUUGUUUCUAAAGUUCACGCAACUCUUGCGGCAGUUAUUGCUCCAAAAGAUGAUGUGGAGAAAAUGGGCUCAAUAAUUUCAGAAGCAGAACAAUUUGACAUUCAAGUUGUUCCAGAAGACUUCCUUGAUGAAGUGGAAAAGACUCCAGCAGUUGAUGUUAUUGCAAAGAAGAAUCUUGCUGAUUGGGGAUCAGAUGUUAAAGGUCGAAUUCCUGAGACGAAGUCUGUCCCCAAGAAAUCUAAGAGUGGCAGUAUGUUCACUAAGAGUAUGCCUUCAAAAGUAAAGCUACGCUUAAAGGGAGGAAAUGCAGUGGAUCCAGAUACUGGUCUUGAAAAUAUUGCUCAUGUUUAUCAGAAAGACAAAGAUAUCUACAAUGUUGUUCUGGGAGUAACUGAUAUUCAGAGUGGCAAGAACUCGUUUUAUAAGUUGCAGCUUCUUCAAGCUGAUAAUGGGAACAGGUUCUGGUGUUUCCGUGCUUGGGGCCGAAUUGGUACAACAAUAGGGGGGAACAAAUUAAAUGAAGGGACAUUGAAUGAAAUGUUACAAGAGUUUAAAACUGUCUAUGAAGAGAAGACUGGUAACAUGUGGGAAGAUAGACACCACUUUGUCAAAGUACCAGGCAAAAUGUACCCAGUGGAUGUGGACUACAGUGAUGGUAAUGAUGAAGCAUUAAAUGAUAUGACAUCAGAUGUUCCCUCAAAAUUGCAAAAACCAGUUCAAGAACUAAUCAAAUUGAUGUUCGAUGUGAAUGCCAUGAAAAAAGUCAUGCAGGAAUUUGAGUUGGAUCUGGAGAAGAUGCCUUUAGGAAAACUUAGUAAGAGACAAUUGCAACAUGCGCUACAAGUUCUAACAGACCUCCAGGAACUUGUCAAGAAUAAUGCUAGUCAUUCACAAUUUGUUGAUGCUUCCAACCGCUUCUAUACUUUGAUUCCUCAUGAUUUCGGCGUAGAUGUCCCCCCUGUAAUCAACACAGAGGAUAUGAUUAAGCAAAAAUUAGAGAUGGUAGAAAGUCUUAUGGAAAUGGAAGUAGCAUACAGCCUUUUGAAAACUAGUACGUCAGAUUCUAAAGGUGAUGCUCACAUUCUGGAUAGCCACUAUGAAAAACUUAAAACUGACAUUGAAAUUGUGGAGAAGGAUUCAGAGGAAUUUGUAUUAUUGCAGAACUAUGUUAAAAAUACUCAUGGUGCUACACACACAAGCUAUGAAUUGGAGAUUUUGGAGUAUUUGUUUAGUAAUUUGUUUCAUUAUAUGAGUAACAUGUAUGAACGUCAUGCUGCUGAUUACAUAGAGAAAUUACCAAAGAAUCAUCACAGCUGUAAAGGUCUUGGACGAACAGAGCCAGAUCCAAAGGCAGCAGUGGUUCGCCCCGAUGGUGUGGAAAUUCCUUUGGGCAAGGGUGUGCCUGUAAAGAAAGGCAAUAAUCUUUCCCUUUAUUACAAUGAAUACAUUGUGUAUGAUGUUGCUCAGGGAAUUUCUGUCUAUGAAUUAGAUUUAAAUGUUUCUUAA